ACCACCACCGAGAAACUCGAUCAAUAUGAAAUUCUUCGUCUUCGCCCUCCUCGUCGCCGUGGCCUGUGCCGACCGGCUGUACGAGGCCCCAGCGGCUCGUGCUGCCUCCGACGAGAUCGCCAUCCUGAGGGACGACCGCGUGAUCGAGGACGACGGAAGGUACAACUUCGACGCGGAGACUGCCAACGGCAUCGUCUUUUCCGAGUCUGGCUCUCCUGUAGGAGACGAGGGAGCCAUCAACAGUGCCGGAUCCUUCUCGUACACCGCUCCUGACGGCACUGAAGUCCACCUUCAGUACGUAGCUGACGAGAACGGCUUCCAGCCCCAGGGCGCCCACCUGCCCGUGGCUCCCGAGUUCCCCCACCCGAUCCCUCAGUUCGUCCUCGACCAGAUCGCCUUCGCCGCCGAGGAGGACGCCCGCCAGGCCCGCGGAGAGGUCUCCCGCUCCUAUGGUGCGCCUCAGGAUGACUAAAUAUGUUUAGCGGAUAUACCCUUCGAUAGCCGAUUUUUAUUAAUUCACUGCAUUUUCACGUGGCAGAUUAUACCAAUCUGUCGUCAUAGUUUAGUCUAAUUUAUCGUUGUACAAAUACAUGUGACUUCAUCUUCA